UCCUUUGUCAUCAUCAUCAUUUUCAAGCAUUAGUCCUAUCACAACAUCUGAUACCUCGGACUCAGACAAAAGUAAUAGCUCAGAUAACGGUGGUGGUGUACCGACACCUGCAAUAAUAGCAGUAGCUGUAAUAGUAACAUUUAUAGUAAGUGCGGUUAUAGUAUUUUUUGUACGUAGAAAAUUAAAAAUUCUCAAGUCAUCUAGAGGAAGUUCUGCAAAUUUUUUUGAUGAUUUGGAUGGCAGAAGAAGACUAAGUGUCAGAAAUUCUAUAUACAAGCGAAGAACAUCGCUCUUAGCCCCAACUUCAAGAAUACUUAAUAAUAAUCAUCGUAAUAGUAGUUUUUCUCCAACUAGAUUAAUAACAGAAAAUUAUAGUGCUGAUGGCCAUAGUAAUGACAAUAAUAAUGAAGCGGUAACAUCUUCACGGUUAACCAGAAAUUCAUCGUCACAUAAUCGUCAUUAUCAACAACAACAACCACAAAAUUUUUAUAACAUUUCAUCCCAUAUCUUAUUACACUGA